GGAAACAUUCUUAAAAAUGUUUAAAAUACAAUUUUAGGGGAAUUGCCAUUUAAUUCUCUUAUGUAUAUUAAACAAUUCUAAAUAACAUUUUCAAAAACAGGUACAUAUAAAAUCAUGUCGCUAAAUGAUACGUAUCCUCACGGAGCUGAGGAGGAGUUUGACGUAUACAAUUCUGCCACGAUCCGCGUCAUUUCAAUAUUUUUUAUCUGUUUAGCAUUUAUUUUCAUCGGGUUUAGUUUGUUCGGAAAUACGUUAAGUGUUUGGGUGCUUUUGAGAAAGAAGAAUAAAACGCCGAAUACGGUGUGUCUCCUCGCUUUGUCGGCGUGGGACGUUGGGGUGUGCAUAUUUUUGGCGCUGUUCGUCCUAACACCGGUAAUCUUUGAGGUGACCGAGACGCUGAUAAUAGUGGUGGGAAUAUUUCAAAUUAUGGGAGAUUUGUGUGUAAAAGGGUCUACUUUUACGACAUGUGCGAUAUCGAUGCAACGAGUCAUUGCAGUGUUUUGGCCACUAAGGUUUAGCCAGGUUGUGACCAUGAGUCGGACAUACAUCGUCUGCUUCGGAGUCAUCCCUGGUCUCCUGCUAAUUGAAGCCUUUACCUAUUACAAGCAAGCGACGGAGCACUUAACCCUGUAUUAUCUACCGGCUGGACUAAUCCUGGUUUUUGCAAAUUUGGCUACGACAAUUAAGCUUAUUCAGAUUCGCAAACAGCGUUCCACCAUGACUCGGAGUGAAGUCAAGAAUCGAAAAGCGACCAUAAUGCUGCUCACAAUAUCGGGAUUCCACGUGCUUUACUUGAUCACUGUUUUAUUGAUGGUCCAAACCGCGGGAUUGUUUGCAACAUUUUUUACAAUUGUGUACCUUAACCUGUUAGCAAUUAGGCCCAGCUUAAACGUAAUUAUUUAUUGCGUUUUUGGCCAACGGAUACGAGAUGGUUUUAAGAAGCUGUGUUGUUUUUGGGUGUGCCUGUGCAAAAGGGGGGAGAAUCGUGGGGACGUUGGGGGAGGGAGUACUUCUCAAGGGCAAGAAGGCAGUGGUUUAUCGGCCACUACGGGAAUUUAACUUCUUUCGUACUACAAAAUUUUUCAGAAAAGUUACCUUCGGUAUUCCUAUGUACUAUUUUAUCAUGUUGGGUGGUGUGGGCUCCGAUUCAGUACAAAUUUGGAGUUUGUACUUGCCGAUUCAGCAUUUUUUUAUGAAUCUGGUGAUGUGGCUAAUCCGACAUAGUUAAGUAGGUGAGCUCAGAUAGCAAAACGUCUUUCACCCUGCAUUAUAUACUACAAACUUACAGCUACAACAUUUCUCAAGAUGAUUGGUGUCCUUUUGCUAUUCUGCUUGGUGGGGACGGUGGUGGGUAGAGGACAAUCCGUGGAGCAAGUUAAUGUCCCCAGAUGACUUCAGGGACCUCUUGUGUAAUCGGAAUCGGUCCCGAGUGGAGUCUGGACUCCCUCAUCAAUCGCCAUGUAGGGAAUGUUUCAAGAGGGGCAAUGCCACUCGCCAUGCGGUCUUCUUCAUACGUAUGGUGCCGGUGCUAUACGAAUGUGGCUGGUGGGAGGAGUUCCCACAGCCAAGCAAGGGCGAGUAUUUUACCGCCCAUUAUGUUUGUACAGCAGAUGAGUGUGGAAUGCCCUUCAUCCCCGCUAAGUGGAGGCGUCAAGAUGUGUCCUGUUUUAUCCACCCGGAUUUACCAAGCCAAAUGGCUUCAGCAGUAACGAAGGACAUUUGUCUUUCUCCAGAAACGUACCUUCGCCAACGCACCGCCAAUAUGAUGAUUAAUUCCCCGUAUUCGUGGUGGUCCCAAUUUUGGGACCGAAUUUCGGUCCUCGAGGUAGACGACCAUUACUGAAAUGCUGGAUGUACUACCGGAUCGCCUCGAGCCAAGAACGCGAUCACGGAGGAGACAAAAUUACAAUUACAUUUAACUUAUGUGAAAAUAUUGCAAUAAAUGGUGGACCGAGAUUGUUCACAAA